UUGGAAGAGGGGGAGGGUGAACAUGGCGUCUGAGCAGGAGAGUUCUAAUGGGCCUGUGAAGAGGUCCAUGAGGGAGAAGGCCAUGGAACGGCGGACCACCAACAAGGAGCACAACAGCAACUUCAAGGCAGGCUAUGUGCCCAUUGAGGAGGAGCGCCUGCACAAGACAGGCCUGAGAGGACGCAAGGGCAACAUGGCUGUCUGCAUCAUAGUCCUGCUCUUCUUGCUGGCUCUCAUCAACCUCAUUAUCACUCUAGUGAUAUGGACAGUGAUCCGCAUCGGGCCCAGUGGUUGUGACAGUAUAGAGUUCCAUGAGAGUGGGCUGCUGCGCUUCAAGCAGAAGGCAGACAUGGGCGUGAUCCACCCACUACACAAGAGCACUGUGGGGGGAAGGAAGGACCAGGACCUGGUUAUCACCGGCAACAACAACCCGGUGGUGUUUCAGCAGGGCUCCACUAAGCUCAGUGUUGAGAAAGAAAAGACGUCCAUCACCAGUGACAUGGGCAUAUCCUUCACUGACCCCCGCACUCAGAACACAUUCUUCAGCACAGACUUUGAAAACCACGAAUUCCACCUGCCCAAAGGAGUCAAAGUACUCAGUGUGAAGAAAGCCUCCACAGAAAGGAUCACCAGCAACGCUUCCUCUGACUUGUCCAUCAAAGCGGACAGCAAGGCCAUCAUCCGCGGCAAUGAGGGGGUCUUCAUCAUGGGCAAGACGGUGGAGUUCAGGAUGGGAGGGGACAUCGAGCUCAGAGCUGAGAACAGUAUUGUUCUGAACGGGUCGGUGAUGGUGAGCGUCAGUCGCAUGCCAAACUCCUCAGUGGGGGCCAACGUGUAUUUCGACGAAGGUCUGUUGAGGUACAAGCUGUGUAUGUGUGCAGACGGCACUCUGUUCCGUGUCCAGGUGAAGUAUCAGAACAUGGGCUGCCAGACCUCAGACAACCCCUGUGGAACAGCCCACUAAAGAGACUGGAAGACAAACUGAUGUUACAUCAUCCAUCUUGUCCUACAAUUAACAAAUGGUCAAGUAUGGCCAACCAGUGUUGAAAUACUCUAGAACAAUGUGCAGUGCAUACUGCAUACACAUUCAAAAUGUAACACCCAGAAACACUCUCUUUUUUAUGGUGGCCUUUUUGUUUGUCUGCAUAUCCACUUGGCCAAAGAUAAGAGCUACAUACAGUAUUAUCAUUUUGUUUUGUUUAGACUUAGAGCAGCUCACUAUAUGAAGUAACAACAGACACAGCACUCUACCAAGCAGUCCAGUAUUAUUACCAGUGUUCUGGGUAUUUAUAUUGAUAAUGAUUUGCUUAUGUAUAUUUCCACUGGCAGCUGUGUGUGACUCAAGUACAAGUCACCCUGUAUUAGGCAUCAGCCACUGAUCACUUAGCCACUAUAUUUAUGUUUUGAUUAUGGUUAGUUAAGGAGUUAUGAGUUGUACUUGAGUACUUGAUUACUUUUAGUGCUCUCUACAUUGCUAUCUACAGUGCAUUCGAAAAUUAUUCAACAUUAUGUUACGUUACAGCCAAUUAAAAUAAAAAAACAGAAAUACCUUAUUUUACAUAAGU